AUGGCCCAGCCCCAACCGUCACCAGCAACACCCGGAGCGCUGUCCCAGUCUCUUUUCGGCGGACCCGCCUCACAAGCCUUGACAACGCCGAAUCAAGCCUCGACUGCGCUGUCGCAGCCGACCCCGUCGCCGAUGGACCAAACACCAGGAUCGGCCACGUCGAGUAACAAUACCUACAUCAUGCCCAACUCGCCUAUUAAGAACAGGGGUACCUUAGAUGGGUAUCGUCCCAGGGUGACAAGAACCUUGGGGCAGCGACCGGCAUGUUUGGUCAACGCCUCGGUCACGUACUGCGGCAACAACCACAUCUAUGCCUUCGGAGGGUUUGAUCAGUACACCGAUGAAGUGUACAACCACGUUCUCAAACUGGACUUGGUUAGCCAUCAGUGGAGUCUAGUGGAUAACUACGGCGAUAUUCCCGGCGUACGCAUGGGCCACACGGCUACCCUUUAUCAAGGCGACAAGUUACUCGUCUUUGGCGGCGAAAAUGAGCAUCGAACCUACCUAUCCGAUUUGAUCAUAUUCAACCUGAAGACAGCGCAUUGGACACAGCCCCAAGUUACAGGUCCUGUGCCGAAAGGCCGGGCACGACACGCGGCAGUUCUACACGAAGACAAGCUUUUCAUUGUUGGCGGCAUCACCGGUCAUGAUAAUUACGUUCUCGACGACAUUUGCUACCUUGACCUGAAGACCUUUACCUGGUCACGAUCCUGGCGUUUCGUAGGUCGAUUUGACCACUCAGCCUAUAUAUGGGGUGACAGAGUAUGGGUCUUUGGCGGGCUUUCCGAGGAUAUGGACAAGAUCGGUGAUCUCUGGUGGCUCGACCUCAAAGGGAGUCCAGCUUUCGAAUCCACACCUCAAGUUGGUAUUUACGACCGCCAAGCGGGUACCAGUCGAGCUGUUGGCUCGCCGCGACAGCCCUACUCACUGGCACAUCCGCCGCCAGUCGUUGGGACGUCUGGGUAUGCCGCCAACUCCCGGACACAGCAGGUAAACCCGCCAUCAUUUCAACUCAAGGCUUUAGCUCCCAUGGCUCCCGGAACCAUUUCGUCCCUCAAGUUCGUGUCCGGGCCCAACAUACCCUCGCAAGGGUCUGGUAUCCAUUUUCAUGUGUACUCUUCGGGUACCCUCCUUGACUUCGUCACUCCAGCGGCAACGAUUACUUCCAAGGAGUGCUCUCUAUCAGCCUUGGACCUGGCGACUCUACGAUGGCAAAAGCUCGCUGAGGGUCGUGAUAUAUUCAAGUCGGGCUAUCGCUGGCACUACUGCACAAUGAACGAGGAUGGCACGAAGGCUUGGCUUCUUGGCUGUCCGACCGACCCGGCUGCAUCGGAUUUGGGCCCUAACGGGUUUGAGGAAUACCUCAGUGAUAUCAUGGAGAUUGAUCUGCGCCGGUUUGGCUUCCUCGGGAACAACCUAUCCUCUGAGCCACGCAUAGAGUCGAGGCCAACGACGCGAGUGGUCGACCAGCCUUCCAAGGGCCUUGGUGCUGAUUUGGCUAAAUUAUUCGAUCAGCCCCCUGAGAGUGGCAGUGGCACUGACUUUGUCAUCACAGCCCUUGAGGGCGAUUACGAAGACGAUGAUAUGAUGAGCCGAGCUGCUGACGCCUCUGCUGACCAGAACUGGUUGGCACCUGACGCCCCUACGUCUCAACCGAUUCACGUUCAUAAACUUAUUCUUCAAGCUCGCUGGCCGCAUUUUGCCCGACUUUAUAACUCCCAGAUGGCAGAGUUCCAUACCAAGAAGAUGCACAUACCUGAACCAUAUACAGUGGUUAAGGCGUUCCUGUACUACUUAUACACAGACAGCAUCCAUGGAACAUCAGUCAAUGAGAGUGGCGCCACUACGGACUUGUCGGACGUGGCAGGCCUACUGGUCAUGUCAAACAUCUACGGCAUUCCCCAUCUCCGGCUGCUCUGCGUGAAUCGACUUUCCAAGGAGCUAGAUGUCGAUCAUGCCUGUAUCAUCUGGCACUGUGCUGGGCUUGCAAAUGAGGAAUGGCUCCGCAAACGUGCAGCGCAGUUCUGCCUCACACACUGGGGUCGCAUUGUCCGCACACAGGGGUUCCUGCGACUGCCACGAUCAGCGCUGGUUGAGCUGUCUCAAGAAAUUGAUAUGGAAGGCCGCGUUGUGGGUGGCGACGAACUGGAGUAUGUUGGCGGGCUGGCAGGCUCACGUUUUGGUGACGGCUGUUCCAUCGUAAGUCGGAAAGAGAGUAUUGGCAGCAACCACACACAACUCCUUGACAGCGAGGCCGAUGAUGAAGAUGGCAUGGAGAUGAGCUGA